AUGGUUCUUAAUGAUAAUUUGGAAAAACGCAGUGAUCAAACAUAUAGUUUAUACUCGUGCAAAAUUUGCUUCAAAUCAUUUAUGUCUAAAUCUAACUUGGAUAGACAUUUGCGAUUGCAUACUGGCUUUAAACCUUACCAUUGUUCAAAAUGCAAUAAAUCGUUCACUCGCAAAGAUCACUUGACAUCUCAUCAAUCAAACCAUUUUUCUAAUUUUGAAAAAACCAAGAUAUGUAGUGUUUGUUUCCAAAACUUUUUAAAUUUUCAAGAACUGGAAAACCACUGCAUAUCGUUCCAUAAACGCAAUGCCUGUAUGCAUUGCAACAAAACAUUUGCUCAGAGAGCAAACAGGGACCGACACCUCUGUCUCCACACAGGCGCCAAACAUCACAGGUGUCACGAAUGUGGCGAAAGAUUUGCUCGCAGUGAUAAAUUGAAAAUACACAAACGAAAGUUUCACCAAGUGGGUUUUUGA